GAGCUUGUUUCAGGGCGGAGGACCAUUUUACGAUAUCGUAUUUCCUGAAAGAGCAAAAGUAAUAAAAUGGCGAAACGAAGGAUCACGCAGGAAACCUUUGAUGCUGCUGUUCGGGAGAACAUGGAGGAGUUUGAGAUGGAUCCGGAUGAGGCUCUCAGAGAUGCAGUAGAGCAGUUUGAAUCUCAAGGCGUAGACCUCAGCUGUAUAGUUAAAGCUGUAUCUGCUGUAUCAUCUGCUGACAAACAGGAAGAAGAAACCCACGAGGUCCUAAAGGCUUUAGAUUCUCUUCGGAUCGCCAAAGACUCUGCAGCUGUAGCUGACGUGACGGCAGACAUAACGUGCUUCACCGUGCAGUGCUCUGUCGGAUUUGCGCAGAGGUAUUUAGCYGCUCAAAAAGACGCCUACCCCGUCAUCCUCUCGUACUGCAAGAAGAGCGUGGAGGAGCGGGACUCCGUGGUGGCAGCGCUCUCCGCUCUGGCUGCCCUGACAGACGGACAGCCCGACUUGUUGGACGCGGAGGGACAACUGUUCCUUUUGGAGGUUCUGAAGACGCACCGGGCGGAUUCGUCGGUGACGUGCGCCGCCAUCUGCGUGGUGCGUCACUGCUGCGUGAAACACGAACAGAACAGGCAGGAUCUGGUGAAAGGCGGCCUGCUGCCUUUGUUGACCGGCGCCAUUACGCAGCACGGCGGCUGCGCCGAGCUGAUCAAAGAGGCCUCGUCGGCGCUCAGGGUCGUAACGUUUGAUGACGAUGUUCGGGUCACGUUUGGGAAUGCUCACGAGCACGCGAAAAUGAUCGUCCUGGAGCACAACGGGCUGAAGGUUCUAAUCGAAUCUGCGAAAGGUGUGUGAACAGGGCUGUGCGUGCCUCUCUGUUCUUGCCCUACGCAAACCCAACAACUGCAAAGUCAUCAUGGAGAACGGAGGCGCCCUGGCUGCUGUGCAGGCCAUGAAGRCUCACCCCGAUGCAAUCAACGUGCAGAAACAAGCCUGCAUGCUGUUGAGAAACCUGGUGUCACGCAUGAGCAACUACAGCCAAACGAUUUUGGAGAUGGGAGCCGAAGCGCUGAUAGCUCAGGCCGUGCAGACGCACCAAGACUGCAGGGAUGUGGGGAAAGCGGCCCUCAGAGACCUGGGCUGUCAGGUGGAACUUCGAGAGCUGUGGACUGGCAAACAUGGCAGCCUGGUCAACUGAGAGUGCAGCAGAGUGUCGCUGCACACAUUUACGGUCACUUAGGAAACAAAAUGCUGUGAUGGUGGUACACAGCUUUCAUGCACAGUACCUGAUAGUCUGCCUUGGUAUCUGUAGGGUGUAUCUGCCGAUCAAAAUCAACAUCAGGAUCACUAAAAACAGCCACGACACGUUCAGUGUCUUAAAAUACAAA